AUGUACAGCAAAUCAUGGACUGAAAAGUACGAAAGUAAUAAUAAAUGCCCAAAGUUGUUCCCAAAAAAUUUCGACAACUACAUGCCAGCAGGUAAUUUGACAGCGGGGAACUACACAGAAAAAACCGAGUUAAAAGGUUUAAAGCAAUGUGUGAUGGCAUGUUGCUUAGCAGAUAACUGCAACAUUGUAUUUAUAGUAGAUUCAAGGUGUUACCAUGUGGAAUGUGUGACGGACGAGCUGUGUUUACCUCUGCCCAGAGUAGGGCAUAAAUGGCAUACACAUGUCUCUAUGAUACUUGUUAAACCAGUUUUAGCAAAUGAAAACUGGUCAGAGAUUCUAGAGCAAUCAAACAUCAGGGAAGAACCAAGUAAUUUUGCUGAUGAAGAGCCUGUGUAUGGAUAUACCAACCACCGCAGUGAAGUUGCCAAUGAUGAAGAAUCCAACUUCCUAAAGCAUUUUAUUAAUAGCUUACCCACUAUAGAUGAUGAUGAAUCACAGGGAUACGAAAAAUAUGACAAUAGUGACAAUGAAAUGAUGCUAGCUUCAAAAUUCCUUGAGAAAGUUGCUUGUGAAGUGGGAACAAAUGAUUGUCCUUUUAAUGCCGAAUGCAUUCCGUUAGGCCACAACAUGCACAAUGGCAUAUGCAAGUGUAUCCUUGGGACUGAAAUGAAUGAGCAAGGUGCUUGUGUUCCAAUUAGAAGGCCAUAUUCAAAAGGACCAACAGAUGCUAUUGAGCCGGUGAAAAAAACUGAAGUAACUGAAACCAAAACUGAUGAAAAAGGAAAUAAACCUGUUCAAAACUUGACCGUAUCAAUCCUUUCACAGACCGUUCAAUUGCCAGAAAAUGAAGUAACAUUAUCCGCCUACACUAUACCCGAUGAGAAGUCUACUAACAGCCAUUAUAGUUAUGCUUGGACACUUGUAGGCCAACCAAAAGAUACAUUUACAGGUAAUAUGAUACAAAACGGAGCGACAGUGACACUAACGGACCUAACGGAAGGCGAAUAUCGUUUCAAAGUGACUGUGAACGGAACGAACUCGUACGGCGAAGGGUACGCCAAUGUUACGGUGUUGCCACCAAAACGAAUCAACAAGCCGCCAGUAGUGGUGAUUACGCCACAAUCACAAACCGUCAAGUUGCCCAAUUCCGGUGCAGUCUUGGAUGGUAGCGAGAGCAAGGAUGAUGAUCAAAUUAUCUCGUGGCAUUGGGAGCUAACUGCCGGUCCGAUAGGUUACCAGCCUCCGCUGGAAGAUGGAGCCACACUCGUACUAAAAGAUCUCAAGCAGCCCGGAAAGUACACGUUCAAGUUGACAGUGGAAGACUCUGAUCAUGUGAAGAACUCCACUACAGCCAACAUAACUGUUCUUAAUCAUACAGAUUAUCCGCCAGAGGCCAAUGCAGGACAAGACGUCAUAAUCUACCUCCCGAACAACAACUUGACCCUGAACGGAAGCCUAUCGACCGAUGAUCACGAGAUCACGUCCUGGGAAUGGACCAAGUCCGCGGAAGACGCCAAUAAAGCCGUCGAUAUGCAGAAUACACAUUCACCUUAUUUGCAGCUAUCAAAUCUAUCGGAAGGAGUGUAUACGUUCGUAUUGAAAGUGACAGAUUCUUCUGGUCAAUCGUCUAUCGCAGAAGUACAUGUGUUUGUCAAACCUCCCACAAAUACACCGCCCGUAGCAGACGCUGGACCAGAUGCUUUCAUAUCACUACCUCAAACGUGGAUCACCCUGAACGGUUCUGGAUCGCACGACGACCGCAAGCUAGUGGCGUACACCUGGCGAUGCCUCUCUGGCCCGACUAACUCUAACAUUAUUGGUUUUAACGAGACUAUCGCGAAUGCGACCACACUCACUAAGGGACAAUACGUCUUCUCACUCACUGUCCUCGAUGAUAAUGGCAACACCGCCACAGAUAAUAUCACAGUCACUGUUACGCAAAAUAAAAACAGCCCUCCCAAAGCGGACGCUGGUGGAGAUCAAGUCUUGAAUUUACCUCUACCAGUUCUUGUUCUAAACGGCUCGAAAUCUUCGGAUGACUUCCGCAUAGUGUCAUGGAAGUGGACCAGGUUGAGCUCUAGCUUAGCUGCUGGGACCAUUAUCUUGGAAUCAGAUAAGGAGCCCGUUUUAUUGCUAGCGAACAUAGAGGCCGGCCGAUACGUCUUCGAACUGACAGUGACGGAUGAUCAGGGCGAAACGGGUCGUGACACAGUCAGUGUCCAAGUGAAACCAGAUCCGAUGGAAAUGAAACUCAUAGAAAUGACAGUUCACACACCGAUAUCCACGUUCACUAAGAACCAGCUGGACUCAAUGGUGCAGAAGAUGAUGCUGCUUCUAAAGGACGAUAUAAAAGUGAACGUGACGGAGAUACGUGGAGAGAAGGAUUCGGGGAACACCCAGAUAAUUUUCUUCCUUUCGGAGAAGGGUACCCCAAUGGAAGGAAUCCGUGCGCUGGGUCUAUCGCGCCCAGCGGCGUUGUCCAGCGGAGCCGCGCGUAUUCGACCAGUUCGCUGCCUCAGUACGUGCUCGGGUCGUGGCAUUUGUGACCAAGCGACACGCACAUGCCGCUGCGAUGCCUUCUGGAUGCAAAGCCUAUUUACGCAGCUACAACCGGAUGCUAUGCCGGAUUGUGAGUGGUCGGUGGUGUAUGCAAGUGUGGGGGGCGUCGGCAUUCUGUGCGCUCUGUGCGGAGCGGGAUGGGCCUGCGCGAGACUCGGCCGUCGCUUAUGCGCUUGCGCACCGCGUAAGCCGCGCGUUCGAUCCACAUACCGACUGCUACCGCGAGCUGAACACGAGCAGAAACCGCUGGCCAAUGACUUAUCCGAGACGGAAACAGACUCCGACGUCUUAUAUGAAACAAAAAACAGGAUGACAUCAUUUACUCGGGCCAUGAACGGCGACGCCCACUCCAACGGCUGGAAGAAGGUCUCGCGGCGAGUGAAGACGUAG